AUAAAACCCAUUAGCGCACGAGAAUCUCGGGGCUAUAACGGUGCGGCAUCUCUCAUUACAGCCACACAGAAGCGCAACGGAGAAAGCUGCGUGAGCCACUAUGGAGUUGUACAACAAAUACACAUUUUCUGAUGAUAUCCUGCCUGUUGUCAUUGUUGGUAAUGGACCAUCAGGGAUUUGUCUCUCUUAUUUGCUGUCGGGAUACACGCCUUACCUUUCCCCCGAUGGUUUCCAUCCCAACCCAAUUUUGCAUAACAAGCUGACACAGAAUCCUCAUCUGUCUUUGUUUGACCAGGAUCUAGAGUACCUGUGUGAGGGUGUAGAGGGCCGUUCAUCAAACCCUGUGGCUGUGCUCUUCGACGCCCUCCUUCUUCCAGAUGGUGACUUUGGAGUGGAUUGUGCCUCCCCGCUGAUAUGGAGACAUGAGCCGGAAAGGGCUACACCUCACCUUGUGCUAGGGAAGGGACCACCUGGAGGGGCCUGGCAUGCGAUGGAGGGCUCAAUGCUGACACUCAGCUUGGCUAACUGGAUGGAACUUCCUGGUUUGAAGCUGAAAGAGUGGAUGAGAGAUAAACGAAGAAAUUUACGUAAUGACCGGGCCACACCAGCUGAGAUUGCGUUGUACUACCAGCACUAUGUGACUAAAAUGGGUCUGGAGAAGAGCUUUGCUUGUGGCACCACCGUAACCUCAGUGUCUCGGGUUUCCCUUGAAUCUGGCUGCUCCGUUUGGAAGAUCCAAGGCCUCCAGAGAAGAGCAAGCAGUGGUGAAGAAAUUGAAGUCCCUUUCUCGGUCUAUGCUGAGAACGUGGUGCUUGCCACAGGAACCCACGACAUCCCUGCCCGUCUCGGCGUGGAAGGUGAAAACCUUCCCUUUGUGUGCCACAGCUUCUGGGAGCUGGAGGCCGCCAUUUCGUCAGGCCGCUUGGACCGCGCUUCAGAGCCGGUUCUUGUGGUUGGUGCUGGGUUGACGGCGGCGGAUGCCGUUCUGGCAGCUCACCACUUGAACACUCCUGUAUAUCAAGCCUUUAGGCGACCUGUGAGUGAUCCGGCGCUCGUCUUCAACCAGCUGCCCAAGCUCCUCUACCCUGAGUACCACAAAGUGCAUCAGAUGAUGAGCCAACAGCAGUACAAAGUGGGUGAGACGGUGGUCAAUCUGUCCAACCAGCCUCUUUCUUCACCUGCUGAUGGCACCAGCCCGUAUACCUGUUAUCCUGGUUACCUAAGUUUCCCAAAGCACCAUGUAGCUGCCUUCAGACCUGAUGGCAAGUGUGUGCUUGAGGAUGAGGGAGGGAUACAGACAGUGCUGCAAGUCUCAAUGGCGCUCGUUUUGAUUGGUGCCCAUCCCAACCUGUCAUUCCUCCCAGAACAUGGUGGUCCGCUGGCGUUGGACUCGGAAGAGCCAAUCAGUUGUCGGCGGAACCCACUAGACGUGGAUCCGUACACGUAUGAGUGCGUGAAGGAGCCAGGGAUGUAUGCCAUGGGUCCGCUGGUGGGUGAGAACUUUGUGCGGUUCCUGAAAGGCGGAGCUUUGGCGAUUGUGUGUGAUAUCGCCCGAAAACAAAGUAAAAAACGUCAAGAGAAUUGCACAACCAGCUCAUUGAAUAUUCAACUGACCAACUGCACGUUGGAAGCAUGAAGAGACAUUGACUUUAAAGGGGUGAAAGGAGCUCUUUGAUAUAUAGCUAUCUGGUACUUCCAGAAUCCACACACAUGUCGGAAAAUGCUCAGUGGUUCUGCUCCAACUGAUACAAAGGAAUCAGUUGUUGAACAGUUUGUGACCGUUCCGACAUCCCACUGCAAGCGCACGGACAAAGUUUUUUGUUGUUAAUGGCUAACUAAACCGCCUCUGAACAUUAAUCUGAGUCUCCAGACACAGGGUGCUUUAACACUUCAGGGAUUUAUUGGUCCAUGGCUGCUCACUCGAAACACUACUCAUGUUCUCACAGCAAUCAUGUUCUGUUGUGCCAAAUUAACAUUUGUAUGCUCGGUGUUUUCAAAUCUAAUAUUUCCUUCAUGCACGGAAAACACAAAACUAAACUUUGCCAAGCAAAUGCUGCUGUUGUAUCAAUGGUGGUGGUACUAACCCUUUUACUGUCUUCUUCAAUGAAUGUAUAAAUCAUAGUGGACCUAAAAAAAUCAGAAAGAUCAUCGCAUUUUAACUUCUUGUCUCUCGUACAUUGCCUUCCCAAGUAAAGCAUACAGUUGUAGUGAAUCCUUUGGUUAGACCAGCAAACCAGACACUUGAGUGUCUAGAAUGAGGGCUCUUAAAAGUUUAAGACGUUCUUGUUUCAUUCUGCUGUUACUAACCUAAAGCCAAGCUCGGAGAGGUCAGGCUGCACUUACAAAACUGACCACAAGAGGGCCUUUGCACGCCGUGACUGAAGCCAGCAACAAUUGCAUCAGACAUAAUGAUCUAUCAUGACGUUAUUUGAAUUAAUGAUUAAUCCUACAUAAGCUCAUUCAACAUUGUGUUAGUUGACAUGGGCCAAAUAUAUGACCUCGAGGACCUUUUGAUGCAAUGAGUAAAAUAACUGUACAUUUAUUUAAAUUUUGUAAGAUGUAAAUUCAAAUAAAAUGCAUAUCUUGUUCCUUCAAGAAAACGAUUCUAGAUUCAAGGUUAUGAUGCAUGAUUUUUUUAUCUAAAAACUAUUUCUGCUGUAUUACUUGCAUGUAAAUUAUGAACCCUGGCAGCUCUGAUCAAAUGUGUUUGUAAAAAUAGUUUGUUCUUUUUUUGAAAUAAAAAUAUGUAUAGUUUAUCUA